GUAUAAAGUAUGAUGCAGAAAAGGAGGAGAAGCAGCUACAGGAGGCUCGUCAGAGGGAGCUCGAUCGAAUAGAGGAGACAAAACUCAAGGCUGCAGAACAAGAGAACACAAAGCUAGAGAAGCAGGACACCUUUGUGGAAAAGCUUGUCACACAAGUGAUCAAAAACCUACAGGUCAAGAUCUCCAACAUCCAUGUUCGCUAUGAGGAUGAUAUCACUAAUCCAAACUGCCCUUUGUCAUUUGGAGUGUCGCUUAAAAACCUCAGCCUUCAAACAGCUGAUAAUCACUGGAAACCCAGUUUGCUAGAUGAACACUCCAAGCUUUUCUUCAAGUUGGUUCAGUUGAACAACUUGUUUGCCUACUGGAAUGUCAACUCGGUUCUCUUCUCCAAUCACAGUCCAAAUGAGGCCCUGCGAUGUCUGCAGAACAGCAUGGAGAUCAAACCCUCUGUUCCUGUCAGCCAUGACUUCAUCUUUCGUCCUAUAUCUGCAAAUGCAAAACUGCGAAUGAAUCCAAGAUCAGACGUGGAUUUCUCUUCUCCUAAAGUGGACCUGAUGGUCAACCUCAGCGAAGUGGCUAUUGAACUCAACAAGCCUCAGUACAUUAGCAUUUUGGAGCUGCUGGGCUCAGUGGAUAUGAUGUCACGAAAUCUGCCAUACAGGAAGUACAGACCCGAGGUCCACGUUCACAGAAAUGCUCACAUAUGGUGGAAAUAUGUGAUCACAGGCAUCUUGGAGGUGGAUGUGAAGCCUCAUCUCCACAUGUGGUCCUGGCAACACAUCCGGUGCCACCGGGAAACAGUGAAGUGUUACAGAGAGCUCUACAAGAAGAAGAUCACCAGCAAAAAGCCCAGUGUGGAGCUGCUCGAAAAGCUGCAGGCUACACAGAAAUCUUUAGAUAUUUUCAACAUCACAUUGGCGAGACAACAAGCUGAAGUGGAGGCGAGCAAAGCAGGACUGCGCAUUUAUCGUCCAGGGAAACAGAUGGAGGAGGAGGAGUCUCAGGGUUGGUUUAGCUGGAUGUGGAAUUGGGGAGGAGAAGCUGAGGCACAGACCAAGGAGGUCAAGACUGGAACAUUUGAUGGGUUGUUUACUGUGGAUGAGAAAGCCAAACUUUACACUGCCAUCGGAUACAGUGAAACUGCAGCAAACCCCAACCUGCCAAAGAACUUUGAGGACAUGAAGGUCAAUUUCCACAUGGAAAAACUGUCUGUGUCCAUCAAAGACGAGAAGGACAAAAACGAAAUCAUCAAACUGACUGUGGGGGAGCUCAAGUCCACACUCACACAGAGACCCGGAGCACAAGCCAUUAAAGUCACAGCCCAGCUUAGUUUGUUUGAGGUCACUGGUCUGGCCGCUAAGCGUCCGGCACCGACCCUCCUUUCAUCAAGAAAGGCGGCCACAGGAGCAGGAACCCCGCUGCUUUGCUUCCUGUUUGAGACCAACCCGCUGGAUGACAGCGCCAACCAGAGGCUCCAUGUUGAGUCACAACCACUGGAGAUCAUCUAUGAUGCAAUAACGGUGAACAACAUGUCAGAGUUCUUCAGGCCUCCAGAUGACCUGCAGCUGGAUGAGCUCACCAACGCCACCCUGAUGAAACUGGAGCAGUUCAGAGACCGCACUGCCACUGGUUUACUGUACGUGAUCGAAACUCAGAAAGUUCUCGACCUGAAGGUGAACUUGAUGGCCUCCUACGUCAUCAUUCCACAGACCGGCUUUUACGAAGGAACCCAGAACAUUAUGCUUUUGGAUCUUGGUCAUUUCAGGAUGUCCAGUUUGAGCAAGAAGGAUCUGCCGCAGCUGUCAGUGGGUUCCAGCAAAAUUGAAGACAUCAUGUCCAGAGCGUACGACCACUUCGAUGUUCAGCUCAGCAGCCUGCAGCUGCUUUACAGCAAACCAGAUGGUGACUGGAAAAUAGCUCGCAAACAGAAACGGUCUCCACUCCACAUUCUGGAGCCUGUGGAUAUGAAAGUGGUUGUCAGCAGAGCCAUGGUUGUGACCGACACACGUAUGGCAAAGUAUAAAAUGUCUGGUGAACUCCCGCUGUUGUCGCUUCGAAUUUCUGACAACAAACUCCGAAGUGUUCUGGAGCUGGUGGACAGCAUCCCACUGCCUGAGAGCAGACCUGCAGCCCGCAGCACCGCUUCAUCUACAAGGCCGAAGCAGUCGUUCACUCCUCAGCUCGCUGCGAGAAAACACCUGAGUUUAGUCGACCAGCGUUCCUCGAUCAUUUUUGAGUCUUGUGAGACCAUCAGCAUCGCCUCUCUGGGGUCACAGGAAGAUUUGUUCUAUGACGCCCCCAGCUCUCCGAUUGGAGACAAGGCGUUCUUCCCGGACAAUCCCAUGCCGCUGCGCUACGCCGAUUUAAGCAAAAGAACGAAUCUCAUCAAAGAAGAUCCUCAGAAGAACAUGACUGACUUCAUUAUGAGAUUCGAGAUCAAUGAGUUGUCUGUUCAGCUCUGUCGUCUGUCUGGAGCUCAGGAGAUCGUCGUUCUCCAACUGGACAUUGAGGGUCUGGGCACUGAGCUGACGCUGCGCACCUUCGACAUGAUGUCAAACACCUUCCUGCGCGAGAUCUGCCUGAAGUGUCCCGAAUACAUGGAUUCUGAAGAUAAGCAAGUCCAGCUGAUCACCACCUUAGACAACUCAGAAGUUGACCUUCUCACCUUGGAGUAUAUCAAAGCGGAUAAAAAUGGUCCUGAGUUUAAGUCUCAGCAUAACAACACAGAGCAACUCAUUAAGGUGACGUUUUCGUCUUUGGACGUUCAUCUGCACACGGAGGCUCUCCUCAACACCAUGAGCUUCCUCGGUAACCUCCUUCCUCCAUCCAGUAAGAAGGAAGGAGGGCCAGAGGAGCUGCCCACCAUCCCAGAGGAAGAGGAGGCUGAGGCAGGGAAAGAGGAGGAGAAGAAGGGGGAAACAGCUGUAACCAAGAAAAGAACCUCUAGAAGCUCAAAGUUUGCAGACGUGGUGAAUCUUCGCGUGAGAGCCGAUCUGCGCUGCUUGAAGGUGUUCAUUCGGGGACAGAAAGCUCGGAUAUCAGAGAUAAGUAUUGAAGGUCUGGUUACUGAUGUCAUGAUGAGGAAGAAGAACAUGGAGAUCCUAGCCAACCUAAAGAGCAUUGUGAUCCUGGACUGCAACAAGGAUGCCUUGUACAAGAAGGCUGUCUCUAUUGCAGAUAAGCAAGUUUUUGCCUUCAGGAUGUUGAACCACACAGGGGCAACAGAAGGAGACGCCUACCUCGACAUGUCCAAAGUUGACACGUCUGUCACACUGGAAGUCGGCUGCAUUGAGGUCAUUUUCCUCAACAAGUUUGUCUCCUCCAUUCUGGUAUUCAUUAAUAAUUUCCAGGAGGCGAAAGAAGCCCUCGCUGAGGUGACGGUUCAGGCUGCAGAAAAGGCAGCCUCUGGUGUGAAGGGGCUGGCAGAGAGAAGCACUCGAAUCGCUCUCGACGUCCACUUCAACGCGCCUGUGAUUUUCCUCCCCCAGUCUUCCUCCUCUUCAAACGUCAUCGUUGCCGAUCUUGGCUUCUUGUCCGUAAAUAACCGCUUCAUCAAGCAGCCGUUUAAGGGCGACGCUGCAAUCCCGCCGGUUGUGGAUAAAAUGACCGUGAAACUGACUGACCUCAAGAUGUACAGAACCACUUAUAAAAAUGGGAAAUUCGAAGGCGAGACUCAGCUGCUGAAGCCGGUCAGCCUGGACCUGGAAAUCCAACGAAAUCUUUCGGCCAAUUGGUACCACAGCAUCCCUGAUGUAGAGAUCACUGCUCAUCUAAAGCCUAUGAGUCUGAUCCUCUGCCAGGAUGACAUGAUUGUUGUCCUGAGGACUUUGAGCGAGAAUCUGUCAGAGAAGUCCGAAGCUGUUCAGCCUCCAGCUGUUCUGCCCACGCCGGACCACUCCUCUGAUUCUGUGUCCAACAAAGAGUCCCAGGGCUCAGGAACCACCGGACCUACCAGCUCAGGCAACACGGUGGUGAUAGCUGCUGUGGUCGAGACCCAGAAACACAGCAAGCUCAAGACGACGCUCAAGCUGAGCUUCAAGUUCGACUCCAUGACGCUGGUUCUGUUCACCCCUAAUGAGAAUGUGAUACAACACUUAGACUGCCAUGAUGAACAGCUGAAGUUGGCAGAGUUUACUCUGGGUACCAUCUCCACUUCUGUCCACAUGUUCUCUGACAGCUCCAUGAAGGCAUCGGUUCGACUCUCUACGUGCCUCCUAGAUGACAAGAGACCAAGAAUCAAGAUGGUUACCUCAAGGAUGAUGGAACUGCGGCCCGGUGCCGAGCAGAACAUGAUGGUGGAGGUGAACUACCGACAGGGGCUUGAUGGUACCAACAUAGACACAAUGGUACAGAAUGUGUACCUGUGUGCCAGCAUGGAGUUCCUGCUCACAGUGGCGGAUAUUUUUCUCAAAGCCACCAAGCAGGGUUUUGCUCAGGGGCCACAAGCCAAAAGCAGUACUGGUGGUGGAGAAAAGAAGAACAUUAAUUCCUCCGUCACGUCGAAAGACUCGGCUGCAGGUCCGGUGUCAAAGAUGGAGAUGACCGUUGUCGUGCGCAACCCAGAGAUCGUGUUUGUUGCCGACCUGACGCGCGCCGACGCCCCCGCCCUGGUGAUGACCACAUAUUGUGAAGUGUUGAUGAUAAGUGGAGCAGAGUCAACAAUGACCGCCUCCAUCAAAGAUCUAAAGGUUGUGGCAUGCCCCUUCUUAAGAGAGAUUAGGAAGAACAAUCUGACCACCGUCCUCCAGCCGUGUCAGGUUCACUAUCGGAGUUCUCAGCCUGCAGCAGGUCCUCAGGCUAUGGAAGUUGAGAUUAAUGCUCUCUCUCUAAAGGUAUCUCCUGUCAUCAUCAACACUGUGAUCACCAUCCAGUCAGCGCUGACGCCGCAGGCUGAGACUCCUGAGGAGCAGGAGAGUCCCGUUCCCGUGAACCUGUGGGAGAAACGACACUGGAAGGAGCUCAAGCUUUGGUUCUUGGAAGAGGAGGGGGAUGAAGACACAAAGUCUCUAACGCCACUCAUUCCACAGGGAGAGUCCUUAAAGUUGACCAUAGGUUCAAUCUGUGUGACUCUGGAAGCUGGAGUGGGACACCUCACCAUCCCAAUGCUUCUCGCCAAGUCCUCCUUUCACGGAGAUGUGAAAAACUGGUCCACACUCAUUAACCUCCACAGCAAGCUCACCCUGGAGGUUCACUAUUACAAUGAGAUGCUCGGCGUCUGGGAGCCGCUGUUGGAGCCCUUGGAGGAUGAGACAAACGAACGCUUCAAAUCUUGGACUCUAAACCUGAAGAUGAAGAAGAAGCCAGUGAAUAGCCCUACUUUGUCAGAUGAAGUGGAUUACAACAUUCCAGACUAUAGGACAGUAACUACCAUCAGCAGUAAAGACCAGCUUAACAUCACGCUCUCCAAGUGUGGACUCACCAUGCUGAACAACCUGGGCACAGCCUUUGCAGAAGCUGCCAAGCAGACUGCAGAGUGUUUUCAAAAGGAUGAAGCUCCCUUUGUGGUGAAAAACAGGCUGGGUCUUUCUGUGUCUGUGCGGCACAGUCAGAUGUUUUCCCCCGUCGGCAAGCAGAGCAAUGGACACACUGUGAACCUGCAGGAUGGCGAAAGCCUUGGGAUGGACUACUCAGUCACGACACAGUCGGAUCAGUUCUCAGCUAUGACCUCGCUGAGUGAAAAAGACUACUACAUAGAGCCUACUCCAGAGGGCCACACUUCCACCAGUGUGAUCCCUCUGAUCAAAGUGGGGCGGGGUAUGUACAGUGUCAGGCACAACAACUCAGGAGUCACUCGGUUCCUCAUCUGUCAGAUUUCCUCUGUGGAGGGCAGCAAAUACAUCAAGAUCCGCUCUCCGUUUCAGAUUAUCAAUCAUUUCACGAUACCAUUCAACAUUUUUGAGGGAUCGACAUGUCUGGGAAUAGCUUCUCCGACUGAGGAGUUCUGUGUACCACUGGAUUCAUACAGGUCUGAGCUGAGCCUGCAGCCGAUAACAGAGGAAACCACCGAGGAAGACGGAAAACAGUUUGACGUGUCAGAGGGCUUCAGCUACGAGGACUUCUUAUACCAUAAUCCAGAUACUCGCCUGCAGCGGACGUGCCGUUGUCGUGGAGAUGAUUCUGGCGUCAUGAUGACGAUCAACAUGGUGCCAGUGAAAGACACAGUGACGUGCAAGGAGACGGGAGAUAUCGGAGAAAACUGUGACAUUGCCUUUGUGCUUCACCUCUGGCCCUCUGUCCUGCUCCGCAAUCUGCUGCCUUACCCCGUUGCCUACAAAUUAAAGGGGAGCAAGGACAGUGACCCUGAAGUUACGCUGGGUCCAGGCCACUCCGCUCAGCUUCACACUGCGGUCAUCAACCAGUCAAGUCUUGAUCUCCGGCUUCUGGAUUAUUUGGCUCAGGACUGGUCCUCUGAAUACAGACUCCAGAGUGAGCAGGAGGAAAUCACCUUCAUUGUGUUCCAGUCUCUACGCGUCAAUGAGGAAGACGUAGGAGAUGGGUUUGAAAGGAAGAAGCCUGAAUUGGAUAUUGCGGUGCAUGUUCAGUACGACCCUGGUCAGACUGUUGUUGCCAUCCACUCUCCAUACUGGAUGGUGAAUAAAACAGGGAGGUUGCUGCAGUACAAGGCUGAUGAUAUUCACCGUAAACACCCUUUAGACUACGACAUGCCGCUUCUCUUCUCCUUCAAGCCUCGCAAUUUUCUGAGAAACAAUAAGGUUCGCCUCAUGAUCUCAGACAGUGAGCUGUCAGACGAUUUCUCUCUCGACACAGUUGGUAGCCAUGGCGAUGUGAAAUGUAAAGGCAGAUACAAAGACUAUCUGGUUGGAGUGAAGAUUGAUGCAAGCAGUUUCAGUCUGACCCGCAUCGUGACCUUUGUACCGUUUUACAUGCUGGUCAACAGUACCAAGCACAGGGUCUUCGUCUGCGAGGAGGGCCUGGAAAACUGGACUCAAGCAGAGCCAGAACAGUCAGGUAUUCCUUUCUGGCCCGAGAACGACACCAAGCGUCUGAAGAUCAAAUUAGAAGGAUGUUUAGCGCCUCCCCAGACGAUUAACUUCACCAAACGAGAGAACUGCUUGUUGCUGCAUCUGGACAACUCUGUGGGCGGCAUCAUCGUCGAUGUAAACCUGUCCGAUCACUCGGCCACCAUUCGAUUCUCUGAGUACCAUGAUGGGGCGGCCCCGUUCCUCCUCAUCAACCAUACAAACGAAUGUCUUCAGUUCAGACAGAGCACCCGGAAAGAGGCCCCGUGGGUGGCUGACGAGCUGCUUGACCUUUCCUUCUCAGGGGAGGAGGACAGCUCUCUGAAGGAGUUGGAGUGGGAGAAUCUAGACGCUGGAAAAGCUGUGUAUUACACCUGGACUGAGCCCACCGGGUCCAGAGAGCUGAGCUGGAAACAUGGACGGAACCAAGGAGAGCUCAAGGUGGAGAAGGAACUGGUUGAUGAGAAAACAAACGGAGAAGGGAAGCUUUAUGUGAUUCCCUUUUAUGAAGGUCUCCAGCGUGUCGUGGUGUUCACUGAGAAUCAGCGUAUCUUCAAGCGGCUUGUGGAAAAUGAAAGCUUGCGACAUGCUGAACAGGAAGUCAUCCUGUGGCUGCACGACAUGGGCAUAUCUUUGGUCAACAACAACAAUAGCCAAGAGAUUUCUUUUAUUGGGAUCACAAGCUCUGACAUUGUGUGGGAGAUCAAGCCGAAGAAGAAAGGUCGGUGGAAAACCCUGAGCACAGAAGAAGUUGGGAUGUUGGAGAAUCACUUCAGAGAGUACUCUGAUUCCACGCCGAUUGACAACUGCAUCGCUGACCUGGAGAACAACUUUCAGGUCUGUUUUACGCCCACUGGUUCAGAUAUGCACAUGCUGCAGCCAGUGGCUGCUCCUCUGAGGCGACUCCACCUCCCCGGGGUGAAGGUGGAGUACAGCAUCUCACCUCGACAGAGAGCCUACCGUGUCCAAAUCCACCGGAUACAGAUCCAGAAUCAGAUACCAGGAGCCAUCUUCCCUUUUGUCUUUUACCCCAUCAAACUCCCCAAAUCCAUUGCCAAGGACACAGAACCAAAACCUCUAAUUGAUCUCAGCAUUGUUACCAGAACUGCUGGACACACCGACAUCUCUCGCAUCAAGUACUUCAAGGUUUUGAUUCAGGAGAUGGAUUUAAAGCUUGACCUGGGCUUUCUGUAUGCCAUCCUGGACUUUGUUACUCCUGAGAACGCCGGCGUCAUGACUUCAGAACAGGAGGUGGAGCUGUUUACUCAGGACAUAGAGUAUAUAAAAACGGAGCUGAACCAUGUCUCUUCUACUGACACGUCACCCAUCAGCCUCUAUGAGCAAUUCCACAUUUCCCCUAUCAAGUUGCAUUUGAGUUUCUCUCUGAGCACAGGAGGAGAAGACGGCUUAAAGAGGAAGAGAGAAACUGAACUCAUCCCCAUUCAGUCCCUCAACCUGCUGCUGAAGAGCAUCGGAGCAACGCUCACUGACGUGCAGGACGUCGUCUUCAAGCUGGGAUUCUUUGAGCUAAACUUCCAGUUUUACACCACUCAGCAGCUACAAUCGGAGGUCAUCAGACAUUACUCCAAGCAGGCUAUUAAACAGAUGUAUGUUUUGGUGCUGGGCCUGGACGUGCUUGGAAAUCCCUUCGGGCUGAUCAGAGGAUUGUCGGAGGGCGUCGAAGCGUUCUUCUACGAGCCCUACCAGGGAGCCAUCCAAGGUCCUGAAGAGUUUAUAGAAGGAAUGACCAUCGGUGUGAAAGCUCUGGUUGGAGGAGCUGUUGGGGGUAUCGCAGGCGCAGCCUCUAGGAUAACGGGGACCAUCGCAAAGGGAGUCGCUGCAAUAACCAUGGAUGAGGAAUACCAGCAGAAGAGGCGAGAAGCCAUGAACAAACAGCCUACAGGCCUGAAAGACGGGCUGGCCAGAGGCGGGAAAGGAUUGGUUUCUGGAUUCGUCAGUGGAAUCACAGGCAUUGUUACCAAACCUAUAAAAGGGGCGCAGAAAGAGGGAGCAGCGGGCUUCUUUAAGGGUUUUGGCAAAGGUUUGGUGGGUGCGAUAGCUCGACCGACAGGAGGCAUUAUCGACUUGGCCAGCAGUACUUUUCAGGGAAUCAAAAGGGCAACAGAGACCUCUCAGGAUGUUAUCUCUCUCCGUCCUCCUCGCUUCAUACAUGAGGACGGUGUCAUCCGACCAUAUAAGGAGAGAGAGGGCGUCGGGAGUCAGAUGCUCCAGACAAUUGAAAACGGACGUUUUGCCAAGUAUAGAUACUUUGCUCAUGCCAAGAUUAACGAUUCAGACUUCUUCAUGAUCACCAAGAGAGGAAUAUUUUUUGUGACUAAAGGCACCUUUGGCCAGCUGACCUGCGAGUGGCAGUAUCUCUUUGAAGAAUUCACAAUGGACCCAAAGAUUGUCGGUGGACGUCGACUUCGGAUUGAAGCCAAGGAAAGAGUGAAAUCAGUCUUCCAUGCCAAAGAGUUUGGGAAGAUCAUAAACUUCAAAACGCCAGAGAUUGCCCAGUGGGUUCUCAGCAAACUGGAGGAUGCCAGAGAUCGUUUGCCUAAAUGCUAAUGAUGAAGAAUUAGAUGUGCUAAAAACACACAUGAUCUCUGUGUGUCAGUGCCUUUGCUCUUUACUGCAUGCCUGAUUUACGUCCCCACGUGUGUAAACGGUGCACAAUUUCAAUUUUUCUGUUGAUUGACUGACUGCAUGAAGUUAGGAGUGAAAGAUUUAAACAGGAGUUAUAUUGUUAAACAAAAAAAAAAAGUGUUUCUGAAUUACACAAUUUCACCACAGAAAUUAAUUUCACCAAACUUUGCCACUGCUCUAAUUGCACUCAUUCUUUUUGCACAAAUAUAGUUUCAUUGGUCUUUUUGACCAGAGCAACAUUAAUCCUCAAGUUUACCUUUACAUUUUAUAACGUUUAGUGUAAAAGGCCGGCGUGUUUUAAAGCCUUUUAGGUGUCUUUAGUUUUAUUUUUCACCGUCGAAUGCAUCAUGUCACUGAAUUUAUUCCUCUUUGUUAUUAAUUAUGUUUUUAUUUGUGUGAAAAAUGUAGAAAUAUAAUUGGAAGCAUCCUAAAUAACAGAGGCCAAAUUAUCAACCUUACAUUCAGCAUUGAAAGCUGUUAAUUAUUUACCAGAUCAUAUAAAAGGGAAUCAAAGUGUUACUGUAACAUCAUUAUAAAUCAGUGUUUUCCUUUUUCUUCUUCAAGGUUUACUUUUUUUUUUAUAAACACAUUUUCCAAGAAUUAGUUGAGUUUUCAGAUGCAUGCUAUUUUUAUACUGUACUCUAUCUGCUGUAUGUUCAUUUAACUUACUUUGAUCACAUCAAGUCUGUGGAAUUCAGAUGGUAAUGUUGCUUUCAUGUUUUUGUACUAUAUAUAUAUAUAUAAAUAUAUGCAAUGCAACCUUUACAAAAGAAAUAUGCAGAGAAAAGUUUAUUUAAAAAUAAAGGAGUUCUAAUUA